AUGUCGCCAUCUGGGGCUGGUCAGAGUAUGUCACCAUCAGGUGGCGGAUCAAGCAGUGGCAGCUCCUCAGGGUCUGGAUCUGGUGGAAGUUUUGAUCCGAACGCAGUCAACCAGCAGAUGAUGUCUCAGAAUUCCAUGACCAACCCUUCGCAGUUUCAGAGUGGAACAAGUAAUGGGGGAAAUCCGCCGAUGGGCGGUAUGUCAAGCGGAAGUGGCAGCAGCUCUGGAAGCAGUAGCGGAAGCAGCAGUUCCAGCAGCGGGGGAAGUAGUGGAGCAAGUCUUGGUAUGUCUCCCUCAAGUUCUGGUCAAAGCAUGUCUCCAUCCAGCUCUGGCCAGAGCAUGUCUCCAUCCAGUUCCGGUCAGAGUAUGUCGCCGUCCAGCUCUGGCCAAAGCAUGUCUCCAUCCAGUUCCGGUCAGAGCAUGUCGCCCUCUGGUGGAUCUAGCACCGGCGGAAGCAGUAGCAGUAGCGGGGGAAGCAGUGGAUCUGGAAGUAACAGCCCACCGAGCCAGAUGACAAAUCCAAUGGCCAUGAUGGGAGGUGGUAUGGGUGGUUCAAGUGCUGGAAACAUGGGUAACUUCGACCCCAACGCAAUAAAUAAACAGCUGAUAAAUACAAAUUUCUUCAACCCACAAAUGAUGGGCCGACGCAGGCGAGUAGCUUAA